UUGCUGACAGGCAACAUAUAUAGAGAGGGGGGAAAGUAAAAGCAGCAUCGUUUUGUGUUCAAGCCUGUCCCGGAGAAGAAAGAAACAAAGCUAGCAAAAGAGGGCUAUUACAAGGACAACAGCAACGAGAAGAUGCUAAAAUUUUCAGUGCUCCUACUCUUUGCUAUCUCAGCGGUGUCUAUCAGCGGAAAGAGACAUUGUCUAGAAGGGGCAGGUCACAAACGCAGACCUACGCAAGAGAAGUAUUUGCAGGAAUGCACCUUAUAUGCCAAAUCCUCUUGUUGCCAUGCAGGCAUUACAGAGGAACUUGCUCACUCUCCAGUGAUUACAAUAAACACCACCUACUGGAACCGAUGUGGAAAUCUCAGUAAAUUAUGCGAGAGUUACAUGAAGAAGAUAGAGUGCUUUUAUAGGUGUUCACCAUAUGCUGCUCAUUGGGCACAUCACCAGUACGCAGAUGCUAUUGUGUCUGUUCCCAUGUGCCAAAACUUCUGUAAUGACUGGUACGAAGCUUGUAAGAAUGACCUCACUUGUGUUAACAACUGGCUGACAGACUGGGAGAUUGAUGAAAAAGGAGAAAACCAUUGUAAGAAUGAGUGCAUCCCCUACCGUGAGAUGUAUGCCAACGGGACUGACAUAUGUGAGAGCAUGUGGGGGGAUUCGCUGAAGGUAAGUGACUCCCCCUGCCUCUGCCUGCAAAUGGAUGAGAUGGAUAACAAGGCCAUCAAGCUCAUGGAGGAGAGGUCCUCCAGUAGUAGUAGUAGCAGCAGCAGUAAUGAAGAACAGUUCUGCCGCCUCAAGAUGGACAAAAUAAAACAACUGAAGCAGUUGGCAGAAGAAGGCGUGGAGACAUACUGAGUUGGGGGCAAGCAUAGUUCUUUAUGUAUUAAGAUUACAUGUAUUAUGUCUUUCCACUAUAAAAACAAUGCUCAAAGUGGCCAUUAGCCACCAAAAAAAUACAAUAAAGCAAUCCAUGAACAAUUAAAA